ACGUUUAAAAAUGCGAAAGAGAGAACUGAAUAUAAGAAGUAAAAACAACUAUAGUUAUUUUUUUAAGUUUAAUUUCAACUAUAAAAAAUAAAAAAAAACUAUUAAUAUAUUAAAAUGAUUGGAACUAAUUUUGGUAUUUAUCGUCCAAACUCAUCUAACUCAAAUGCAGCUAAUUCAGUUGGCUCCGUAGCACCUGAGGAAAGAGCCGCUGUUCAACAAUUGAGCGAUUUUAUGCUGCAACUGGAGGAUUACGUACCCACAGUACCAGAUGCAGUAACUGCUUGUUACCUUAAUUCUGCAGGAUUUGAGUCGAAUGAUCCCCGUAUUGUUCGUCUUAUAUCGGUGGCUACACAAAAAUUUAUUUCCGAUGUCGCCAAUGACGCAUUACAGCAGUGCAAAACCCGCAGUAAUAGUCAAAGCAACACGCCUGGAACACAUACACCAGGUCAAAAACCAGCAAAAGAUCGCAAAUAUACUUUAACCAUGGACGACUUGGCGCCCGCACUUGCGGACUAUGGUAUAACAGUGAGGAAAGCACAGUAUUUCCCAUGAGAAAAAUGCGGAUCUAUUAUUGUAAUGGCUUUUUAUUAUAUAUUCUAUCAUGAUUAUUCACAUGAAAUAAAUUUAAAUAUAAAUGAA